AUGAAGGUCCUCCUAGUCGGAGCAACCGGCAAUCUAGGCAUCCGCCUCGUCGCAGCGCUCCUCACCCACGACCACAGCGUUGUUGCGUUCGUCCGCUCCCCGAACAAGCUCGAGUCUCUUCUCCCUAUCUCCGUAUACCGCCAAAUCACCGUCGUUCAGGGCGAUGCCAAGGACGCAGCUUCAAUCAAGAAAGCCAUCCUGGACGCCGAUUGCGAUGCUGUGGUCAAUACCGCCGGUUUAGCGGCGUUACCGCCUUGGGGGAAAAGCGACCUGCCAGCCAUCUUUCGCGCCGUACUCAACGCCGUACAAGAUGCGGGAUCGGAGAGAAAGAGACCGUUGCGAACUUGGUUCUUGGGUGGUCUGGGAGUAUUAUGCUUCCCAGGAUCAGAGUCGAUGCUUUCCAACUAUAUUCCCAUCUACCGCGAACAUCGCCAAAACAUCCACCUCCUCAAAUCUCUCCCACCAAACACAAACACGGUCGAUUGGUCUAUGCUUUGCCCGGGUACCAUGCCCCCCGAGUCCUCGGAGGUCACUGUCCCUACGAAACUUCUGCAUGGGAAGCUGAUUGCAAACGCAACGACUCCACCAUUGUGGCAGGAUUCGUGGAUGAAGCACAUCCCCUUGAUCGGGAAGCUGGUUGUGUGCGCCAUGAAUGCCCCUCGCUAUGAGACCACGCUGGAACAGAACGCGGAUCUGAUCGCUACUGACCUCGAGUCUCACGAGAGCCCGUGGAGUGGGAGGACGGUAGGAGUCAUUGAUCCCUCAAAGUGA